GUCUGGAUUGAACGCCUGAAUCGGGAUGGGUUUGUGAAACGGUGCAGAAAAUCGAGACUGAACUGCGUUUCCACACCUGUGACCAGAUUUCGCAGCUUCAUCCAAUCCUGUUUGCUAGUGGGACCUCGUCCCGGGGAGGAAGUGAGUUUGAGUUGGAAUUUGUUUGAUUUUUUUUAGACAAAAAAGAAAAAAGUGGGAUGUGGACGCGAGCCGUGGGUGUCGACGCGAGCUGUGACUGCGACUGUGAAAAUGCUUUCCAUGAUUGGCAUCCAUGCAUGAUUGGAACUGUCUUAUAGGGAGUCUGUCCUGCACAGUCUGACCGGGUGCUCGGAAUAUAGCCGUCAGCUGACUGCUGCAGUUCUGAGGGCAUGCCAUGGCUCUGCCAUCUCUUCUUGGUCGUGGGGGCUCAGCAAUUGGGGGGUUGUGUUCCAGCUGUCGAGCUCGUGAAGCGUUAUCUCUGCAAUCCGGCUCUGCAGAUGUAAGACCUAGUCUGUUGGGUCAAAACCUUGCGUACCCUCUGAGCAGAGGCACAGCUAGGGAGAGCUUGGAUGCAAUCCGGACAUUCAAUCACGCUCUCGCUUUCAACACUCAAGAUACUUUUGCCCCACGCUCCACCAGUUUUCAGAGAAGUGGUUGCGUUUCCAAAUCACUGUUUUGUGAUGGACUGCGAAACCCCCUGUACAGCCCUUGCUUGGAAGGACAAAAUAGUGUGUCGAGACGCAGGUUGCGGUGGGCUGCGCCACAUAGGAUGCAUGUCAGGCCGCUGCAGGUAUGCCCCGCUGAAACGGCCACGUUGAGGGCGAGUGAUGAGCGCGAGGAGAGUAACAGUGAGGAAGGGGAUGGGUCGGCUUUUGCUUUUGGUCGGGAGGAAGCCCAUGGCUCCGUGCUUGUAGCCGACGAUGAGAGGCCACACGAUGUGCCAUCGACUCCAGCACCUAUCCGUCCCGAUGCAGAUGGCGUUUACAUCAGGCGAGGUCGGGAAGAGACCCUUCCCAGUCCGGAAGAGGAGGACGAAGAGGGAAAUAUUUUCAGGUGGGGACCUGCACUUGCUGAAAUCUUGGAUCCCAGCGAUGUCGACAUUCUUGACCCGGAGGAGUCGCUGGACGUGCUGCGGUCAAAAGCACAGCGCCUGUGGCUGUUCGCUCAGGGAGUGGCAGGAUUAGCGGACCACGUUGGGCAGCGGCUUGGCAAAGGGGAAGUGAAGCUGUCUGUUCGUCUUGUCGGUCGGCGACUCACUCCACAGUGCGUCGGAACAAUUGCAGCAUGCACGGUUGCAGCGUACGGCAUCGUCUUCGGGACGAUGAAGAUCGUGUCGAGACUCCUAGUCGAUGCGGAUGUUAUGUUGUCGAUAAGUCAUUUCCUUGUAAUGUGGCCUCGUGUUGUGGCAGUUGCACUUGCCGCAUUUGCAUUGAGUGAGGUGUUGAGGAGUCGAAAGCGACAAGCUCAACCUGUAUCCGGUUGGACCUCAUUCGUAAUGCUCCUGGCGGCUGUGACGUGGCUCAUUCUUGUUCCGCACGGGCUUAUCAAUGGCUACGUCAAUGCAUGGCCGUUGUUCAUGUCUGCCCUCUAUAUCGCCUUUUUCUGCAUGGGUUCCGUUCGGCGGGUGCUGAGUUACGGGCGUUUGGCUGACCGCUCGGAGGACAAGCAAUGGCAGUCAACCGGCGGCCGGCUGAGUCUGAUCGGCUUUGUAGGAUCAGUGGCUCUUGGACAUUGGCUGGGUGCGUUGGAAACGGGCCAUGCGCUCGUGAGGCUUCCAUUUUUGAAGAUUCCUGCAUUUCUGCUCGCCAUCGUUGCUUUUCGGAUGCACGUUCAAGCGUCCAGAGUCCUCGGUCGUGCUUACGACCGAGUCGUAGCUCCUACACGACUCGUUACGGUUGGACCAUACACGACUGUUCGACACCCCAUCUAUUUGAGCUACAUCCUCUUGUUUGCCAGCUAUUGUUUAGGUCUCAACAGUUUUCUGAGCUUGGCCUUUUUGGUGGCUGUAUCGUGUGUGUACUAUUGGAAGAGAAUAGGAAUGGAAGAGGAACUGCUGGAGGGCGAAUUUCCGGAUCAGUUUGUGGAGUACAGAGGAAGAACUCCGUAUCGGUUGGUCCCCAAGCUGUGGUAAGAAGGGGGGGGGGGAAGCUAGUAGUAUCCACUUUGCGCAAAUUAAAAAAAAAAAAAAAGUGAUGAAAUCAAUCAAUCAAUAAAUCAAUCAAUCAUCCAUUCAUUUGCAAUUUGUACCAGUUAGAUUAGGAUGAUCAGCAAAGCGUGCAACGCUUGUCGUUGUGGCUUGUGUUGUUGAUCGGACUUGGGAUUGACAAACGCCGCUGUCCUGUGAUUGGUUGGCAGGCAGUGGUAGGGAACAAUAGAGUUAAGUUCUUCUGGGUAUUCCAGUUCUGAUAAUCAGGUCAUACUGGCACUAGGACUUUCCUGCAUGUAUCUGCCCACAAUUACGGCCAGACCUGGCUGAAUCUGUCUGCAAUCGAGUCCAAAGCUGAGUAGAAAAAGUUGGUGUGAGUAUGCCCUCAAUCGUUCAUCGGAAGAAGUGCCAUAUGUUGAGCUUGUCUACAAUGAAAAAAAAUCAUUAAAAAUGCAUUUAAUGUUUUUGUUGAGAUCCAAUAUAUGUUGAGCUUGUCUACAAUGAAAUGAAUAGAAUGUU